CGGUCUCCGGCUCAGGGACGUACCCCUGGGGGCGUGUCCUGCCGAGCGCGCGCGCGCGGCCCCGCGGUGUCGUCACUUCCCGCUCGGACGGCGCUGUCGCCGGGGUCGGUCGUGUCCGGUUCGGGCGGCGGUGUCGGGAGCAGCGGGACGGGACGAUGAGCGACAGCGGGGAACAAAACUACGGCGAGCGGGAAUCCCGUUCUGCUUCCAGAAGCGGAAGUGCUCAUGGGUCUGGCAAGUCGGGGAGGCACACCCCUGCAAGAUCUCGCUCUAAGGAGGAUUCCAGGCGCUCCAGGUCAAAAUCUAGAUCCAGGUCUGAAUCCAGGUCUAGGUCGAGGAGGAGUUCCCGCAGACACUACACGCGGUCGCGCUCGCGGUCCCGCUCGCACAGGAGAUCCCGGAGCAGGUCGUACAGUCGGGACUACCGGCGGCGGCACAGUCACAGCCAUUCCCCCAUGUCUACUCGCAGGCGGCACAUUGGGAACAGGGCAAAUCCUGAUCCAAACUGUUGUCUCGGAGUGUUUGGGCUGAGUCUGUACACUACAGAACGAGACCUGCGGGAGGUUUUCUCCAAGUAUGGCCCCAUUGCCGACGUUUCCAUCGUGUACGAUCAGCAAUCACGGCGCUCCCGAGGGUUCGCCUUCGUCUACUUCGAGAACGUCGAGGAUGCCAAGGAGGCAAAGGAACGUGCCAAUGGAAUGGAGCUGGAUGGAAGAAGGAUCCGGGUAGACUUCUCCAUAACAAAGAGACCGCACACACCUACCCCUGGAAUUUAUAUGGGAAGACCCACUUAUGGCAGCUCACGGCGACGAGAUUACUACGACAGAGGCUACGACAGAGGCUACGAUGACCGUGACUACUACAGCAGGUCAUACAGAGGGGGUGGUGGCGGCGGUGGAGGAGGCUGGAGAGCUGUUCAGGACAGGGAUCAGUUUUACAGGAGGAGGUCACCGUCACCGUACUACAGCCGAGGGGGGUACAGAUCCCGCUCCAGAUCCCGCUCCUACUCACCUCGUCGCUAUUAAAGCAUGACACAUAGAGGAAUUUCUAGCUACAGCCUUUGAGUUGAAAUUGCAAGUUUGUGGACAAUAUUUUUUUAUUGUCUCUUCUGUUUAACCGAGUGACAGUACCUAGUGAAUGAGGUGACUUUUACACCUUUUAUGAAGACAACUUCUGUGGUGUUCAAUGCUGUUUCAUUCUGCAUAUUUGUGUAGUUUGGUGCUUUGUUUCCAGUUGUGUUUGGAAAGGAGUAUGUUUUGCAUGUAUUUUUUUAGUCUCCAUUUUGACUCCUGAAAGGUUUCUAUAUUAAAGACAAAAACUGUUCAGUAAGUUUUUUCUACUGAUUCCAAGUUAUUCCCAAGAUCCAAACCUGUGUAAAAUGCUUUCCAAAAGCAAGAAAAUAAAAUAAAAAGACGUA